UUAAAGCUAAUUUUCAACUGAAUUUGCGAGCGUUUAACGAUGCAGAUUAAUUCGUAAAUCAAUGGUGGACAGAAAGCGGAAAUUCAUAGGAAUUGAACAGAAAUACUUUGAUUUUGGAUCGCAGAAAGUAGAAUCUGUUUGACAAUUCUUCAAAUUUCCUGAAAACGGAAAAUGGUAGAAGAGUUCAAGCACGGGUUUUUAAGAUUGUGCAAAGAACAUGGCCUUGAAGCUCAAGAUUGUGUGGUUAAUUUGCUUAAAAGCUUGGAACAUUCAUCUAAGAAGGAGCGGUUGGUGAUGAACCUUUCCACCAAUAGUUUGACCAGUAAAACAUGUGCUGUGCUAGGGAAGAUUAUUGCUGCAGAUCAUACAUUUGUGGAAUACAAGUUUGCUGACUGCAUGCUUAGUGAAGAUGCUGUCAAAGGUUUAUCUCAUGGAUUUUCCAGGAAUACUUAUGUCAGAAAAGUGGAUUUGAAGGGUAACAACAUACGAGGUCCAGCUGCUGAAGCACUUGGCAAAAUGUUGAGACACAAUAAAAGUAUAGUAAGUAUAUGUCUGGAAUGGAAUGCUCUUGGAAUGUUGGACAAUGCUUUCACUAUAUUCUGUGAGGGUGUGGCAGCCAAUAACACGCUUCAGGCAUUAGAUCUUCGAAAUAACCAGAUCAGUCACGACUCUGCAGCAGAAUUGUGUAGAGCCCUUAAAGGGAACAGCAGCAUUAAAUCAUUAGAUUUACGAUGGAACAAUGUUGGACUGUUAGGAGGAAGGGCCAUCAUAGAAAUGUUACAGACCAAUAAAGUACUGACACGAAUAGAGUUGGCUGGAAAUAAUAUUCCUGCUGAUAUUCUAAAAUCUAUAGAAACAGCAUUAAGUCAGAACCAGGACCGUGCAUUGAUCACAGAUGAACAUCAUAAGAAAACUUCUAUGCUGACAAAACAUCUUCAACAUCUAGAGACAGAAAAACUUACACAGAUGGAUGAACUGAUGGGAACUAUAGACAAACAAGAGGAGUUGUUACGAGAUUCUAAAAGGUCAUCCAACUCAAAAAUCAGCCAGUUACAAGUUGCAUUAGGUGAAAGAAAAGCAGCAUUCAACUCACUAGCUUCCAAACUUGCCAUGACAGAGUCAGAACUAGCUCUAGCAGAACAGAAGUGUAAUGACUACAGUGUCAUCAUAAAUAGACUAAAACAGGAACUGUCUGACUCUUCCACUGUACAUCAGAGUGACAUACGUAGGGAAAGGGAGGAUAGAUCUAAUACAGAAAUGAAAUUACUGAGGGAACUGUCAGAAGCAAAUGAAAGAAAUAUUGGCUUUGAAACCAAGGUAGAAGAUUUAGAGAGGAAGAGUCGGCAGCAGACGGAACAGAUUUUUGGUUUCAGGGAGCAGAUAACUUCACUGCAAGCUGAAAUCAAGAUGAAAGGUUCACAGUAUGAAGAAAGAUUACAGAGUGAAAGAAGUAGAAACAAAGACUCCUUACAUGAAGCGGAAACAAUAAGACAGAAAGAAAUACAGAGGAUCAAACACGAGUCAGAGGAGACAGAGAAAACACUAAGGGAGAGAAUUCAGCGACUCGAGAUGAACAGGUUACAGCUUGAGGAAGAAAUGAGUCAGUUAAAGACAGCCAACAUGACUGAUAAACUACAGGCAGAGGAAAAUAUCAAUAUUGCUAAACAGAAAGUGAAAUAUGAAGAGGAUGCACGAAUGAAACAGUUAGAAGAAAAGUUACGAGUUUUACAGAUCUCAAAAGAUGAGUUACAGAGUCAUCAUAAUCAGCAGCAAACACUUAUAUCAGAAUUAACUUCCAAAAACAGCUCUCUAACAUUAGAGGUAGAGAGUUACAAAAGGAGGAUAGACGAGCUUAGUGAAGAGGUGAAUAACAAGAAUGUAUAUACUAUGCAAGAAGUUGGUAAAGUGAAAAUAGAAAUGCAAGGUAAUUUAACCAAACUGGAGAAUGAAAGAUCCAUACAGAAAGAACUAAGGGAAAAAUUAGCAGAUGCAGACACUAAAUUGUCUGAACAAAUGAUGAAGCACAGAGAGACACUAGACAGCAAAGAACGUGAGAUCAUGCAGUUACAAGAAAGGUUGCGUGCACGGGAAAGUGAAUUAUCACGUGCGAGGGAGGAAGAAAUGCAGAGGGCACAAAUUUUACAAUCUGCUGUGAUGAACUAUGUUAGCAAAGUGCCGUCUAGUCCAAGAUAACAGCUCUAAUACCUGUGAAAAUAUUCCUCCAAUUUUAGCCAAAUAUUCACUGUUUGAAAUAAUUUACAUAUAUGUUCAUGAAUAGUACAUAUUAGACAUGAGAAUUUCCAAAGUAUGAUGAAAUACGAAUACUGCAUUUGAAUUAUAAUUGAAUCUCCAAAAGUAACUGGCCGUAUGAGUCAAGGAAUUUUUUUUUAAAUGUUGUGUCUGAAAGUAUUGAGGCCUGAAUAUUUUCAAUCUUUUAUAGGGACCUACAUCUAGAUUAACAUCGGACAAUUAUAAUUUUCUAAACUUAGGAAAAUAGCGCAAAGAAUGUCAAAUCACAAAGCUGAUAAUUUAGGAGUAUGCUAUAGCAUUCAGCCAGAUUCCUGCCAUAACUUAUCAACUUUUAGUGCAUGAUUAAAGCCUUUGGGAUUUUUUUUUUUUCUAAAAAAAAAAUAGACUACUGUAUAUUUACAUAAAACAAAUGAUGGUUAGACCUUGCUUGGUCUCCCUGCUUUUACUUUUUAUUUACUAUUACUAAAACAUGAAAGUACUUUCAAAAUGUUAGGAAUAAGUAACAAGUACAAGUCAGGUAUGCCCUUUUGUGGUGAAAUGUUGAAAAAGACAUAAUCUCCAAAAAAGGAAAUUAAAAAAAGAAUAUGCUAACACUGAAGAAAAGAAUUGAAGAACAUUUUGUACUUAAAAUGUUUUUGAUGCCUUAAUUAUUACGCAAAGUGAGGUAUGUUAUUCAAGUUUUUAUUUAUGUUUUAAUGAAUGCAAAUAAUAAACAGAAACUCUGUCAUGUAAAAUGUCAUUUUACCUUAUUUUCUGAAUAAUUAUAAGUUUCACAUCCUUUCAAUAUUUGUUAUAGUAACUACACACAAUUUACAUGUUGUCUGUCUCAUUAUGGUCAAACCUGUCUGUAAAGACCAUGGUUGUGAAGUGAAAAUAAGAAGUUAGUUAUAAUAAAGCAGUUAGUUCCUCUAAGCAGGGAAAAUUGAACUGCUUUAGGAUAAACACGGAUAGAAAAUACAGUUGAACUUUGUUCACUCAAACUCUGACAAUUCUAACACCAACCUUCACUUGAACUCGUCGUCGGGUUUCAGCAAAAUCCCGGUACGAUGUAUAAUUUUUGAUGGCUCAAAUUAUCGAUAACUUGAACAAAUUUUACCUGUCCUGUCAAGUUUGAGUGUACUGAAUUUUCAAGGGAGGUAAUAUAGCUAUGGUUUGUAAUAAAAGGUGAUCUUUAGUGCAGGUUUGAACAUGUUUAUGUUAAAUUUAUUGUUAUAUAUUGUCUGUGAUAUAGAAAGCAUUGAUUCAUAUAUAGUGUCCAUUUCAUUUUUUGUGCUUUUUGUUUUAUUAAACACUUUUGUUUUAGUCUGAUUUACAAAACAUAUCAAUAAAUAGAAAUGUUAACAGUAUAUAUUUGUAAUAAAAUGCGAUUUGAAGACUU